GUACGCUCGCGCUUAUCGGGGCGGGUGUUAGUCCGGUGUCAUCGUUGCGUUGUCGUAUCGCUCGGAUUUUUGGAUUUUCCCUUCGAGUGUCCGAUAAGGCUGAUUGCGAAGAGAAUUUUCUUGGUGAUGUGCGAAUUUUUUUGGCGAUAGCGACAUUGAACAGUGGUGGGUUCGAGUUUGUGGGGAGCGAGCUUUCGGAAAAGUGUUUUUCUUGUUGGUGCGAGGCGGCGCGCGGGCCCGUAGUGUCGGGUCGGUGGAUGGUGCGGCGCGGGCGGGCGCCGGGGCGCGGCCGGCGGCGCCGCUAGCAAAAUGUCGAUACCCCUGGGCCGGGAGACUGUUCUCCCCACGCAGUGCAUGGCGCGAGCACUAUACGACAACAUAGCGGAGUCACCGGACGAGCUGGCAUUCCGGCGCGGCGACCUGCUCACCGUGCUGGAGCAGAACACCGGCGGCAGCGAGGGCUGGUGGCUCUGCUCGCUAAGAGGAAGACAGGGAAUAUGUCCAGGAAACAGACUGCGGAUUGUGGCGGGGGUGUUCGAUGCGAGCUCCGCGCUGCAGAGGCGGCGCACGCGCACCCCAGCGCCGGUCGCGCAUCAACCCAUGCCCGCACAACAGUCACCCGCAUUCACUAAAAUUGAAGAAUGCUCCCAUUACGACGUACCUCGAGCUCCGAUGCCUGUACAGCGUAUAAUCGGGACAUACGACUGCCCAAGGCUGGCCACAGACUUGUACGACGCACCGCGGGCGCCGCGGCCGGCGAGCGCGGACUCCGCGUGCAGUGGCACCGGAUCGCUAACAUCGGCCACGUCCAGUGCGUCCGCUAAUUCCGGCAGUUCAGCGCAUUCUGCCGCCUCAGCUUCCAGCACGUAUGACGUACCGCGAACCCGUGCGCUACCUUUACCUUGCGAUGCAGCAUUGGAGGCACUUGAAAGGCUACAGGAGGAAGCGUCAGCGGCGGUGUCGCGGCUGCUGUCGUACGUGUCGCCGGGCUGGCGGCGGCGCGGCGCGCUGCGGCCGCGCGUGCUGGACGUGCGCGUGGCGGGCGCGCGCCUGCGGGCCGCGCUGCACGACCUCGCCGUCUUCGCCGACGCUACGCUGGCCAACGCGCAUGAUGCACAAGAUAAAGGUAUCGCAGUAAAGCUACGGCCGCUAGUGAAGGCACUCAAGGACGCGGAGCGCAUAACGCACGAAGCGACGAGCGCGUUGGACGCGGGCGACUGGGCGCCGGAGCGGCUGGAACGCGAGCGCGAGCCGACCGACGGGACACAGGACGCCUUGGACCAGCUGGUGGCGUGUGCACGCUCCUUAACUGAGGAUGUUAGGCGUGCCGCGUCCUUUAUUCAUGGAAAUGCUUCAUUAUUGUUCAGGCGAUCGCCAGCAGUUCCAGAACACGAAUGGACUGAGGAGUACGACUACGUGCGACUUGAGUCUAGAACUGCAGUGGGCAGACGGAAUGCUGAAAUCCGAGCAGCACUACCAGACAAACUAAGGGCUUCCUUCGACGCUCUUGUAAGAGACGCCGACCAUGCGGGCGAGGUUAGCGCGGUAGCCGCUGCCACAAGGUUGCCUCCCGACGAUCGGCAACUAGCGGCAUUCUACGCGGCGCAAACCGCUACCUACGGCGCCCACCUCUCCACCGCUGUCGAAGCUUUCCUACGGACCAUUGAAAUGGGACAACCUCCCGAUGUCUUCCUCGCUCACGGCAAAUUCGUUGUCCUGAGCGCUCAUAGAAUAGUUCACGUUGGCGACACUGUGCACAGGAGCGCCCAACACGCCGGUCUCAAAGCGAAGAUACUCCGCUGUUCCGACGCGUUAUCUGACGCUCUAGCUGCAACGGUUGCGAAGACGAAAGCGGCGGCAUUGCAGUUCCCUUGCGCAAGCGCUGUCGCGGACAUGGCAGAGUCUGCACGAACACUCGCAUCCAGAGCCCAGGACUUACGCAGGGCUUUGAUAAGAGCCGCGGAGCCUCCCCAGGACUCGACCCCAGCGACAACCGUUCCUCCUUCAUCGACUACAACGCCCUUAACUCCGCUGACUCCCAUUGCACCACACGGCAUUGGCUCGCCAUCGCUUCCCGUAAUAUAAGCUGUAUAAGACUUAUAGCUGAGUUGAAAAGCUGUGAUCGUAGGCUUAGCUGAAAAGCGACGUAGCCUGACCAAGAAGUAUGGUCGAUAAGGUUUCAAAAGCAUAAACGGCUUUGUGGAAUUUGGGUUUCCUCAAGAGUUUACCGAGACCCAUGCUGCAAGUCGAGAGCUAUAGGAUAAUGCAUAAAUGUUCCUGUUAGCUUGGCAGACAUUAGAUGAUAAUGAACAGCUGAAGUUGUCGGGAAAACUUAGCCUAAUGAAUGUUUACUGGAGACGUUAUCAUUUGUGUUGGUUUGUUGCUGCUAGAUUUGGAACUGAUUUUAUCGAUUAUUCUGUGUACUUAAAGUAUCGAUGAGUGAUUGUUAGAUUUAAAUAUCGUGUAUAACGGUUUGAAUAUUGAUCUUGGUGCGUGCUGGACACUGACUAUGUUAUAACAUAACAUUUUGGAUUGGAGGCUGGUACACCUCUUUAAAACAUACAUUACCAAAGACAACCGACUAUAUGACGCACAUUAUAUCAACGUAGACUGCCAACAAAACGAAUAGGUACAUUAAACAAAGUUUCUAUUAAUAUUAACAUUUUAUAUUAUACAAUAAAAUGAAGGCUGCCGUUAGUUUAAUCUGGAAUGGUUUUCGAAUUUAUAUACGCAAGUUUUAAAUUGCUGGAUGCUCAUUUGCUGUAGUGAGUUGAGUUGUCCGUCCAGUUUUAUACAAUAUUUCGGCUUAUUCCAUUUAACCACCCCAAAGCAGCCACUCUAGGGUGUAUACUCGGAAAGGUACACAGAUUACCCGCAGUGAUUAGCAUCUAUGCACCCUGGACGGCAAGUUUUUAUAUUAUUUUUUAGUCUAGGGUGAAUAGAUGGGCACUCAUUUCCGAGUAUACACCCUAGAGGGGCUGUUUUAUGGUGGAUAAACGGAAUAAGCCAAUAUUUCAAUUGUAACAAGUAUUAUAAAAUAUGUAGCGUAUGCGACGAAAGUCGUUAUUAACUUAACCUGUGUAAGUAUAAAAUGUAAAUAGGUACCAUUUGGAGAUUGAUGAUGACGGUUUUAGGUACCUAAUUAACUAUUCAAAUGUUGUGAUGCUAUCGUGAAACAAAAUUAGGGAUUUUUAACGCUGCAAAUCAAAUGUUCCUUGAAAGUAGUAAUAGGACAUAACUUUAUGCUCAUUCUACUAAAAUUUGUAACAUGUUAAUUUUAACUUCACCAGAAUAUUUUGCUAGUUCGGCAUUCAGCUCAAAUAUUGUUAUGUAUACUAAAUUAGAAGCCUAACAUCUUUACCGGUUAAUGUCAAUGUAUUUAAAAGUUUCUUGUUCCUCGGAGCAAGAAAAUAAAAAUAACUCGUUGCGACUAUGCAUUUCGAUUUGUGUACAACCAAUUAAGGACAUUUGUCUGUGCACUAGGGUGCAUUUCCAGUGAAGUAGAGCGGAAAUGUGUUUAAAAGACCAAUAAAAUCAUUAAGAGAUGACGUGACACGUCAUGAUUCAUGAUUCAUGAUUGUGCUUUUGAAUGUAUCUUCGCUCUGUUUCGCUUCAGUCGAAACGCACCCUAAGAACUCUUACAUUUUUGUUUCCGAUAAAUUGUUAUUAUUCGUUAUACCUAAAACACUAGUGAUUAUUUUAAUAAAACGAGUUCAAGCACGAAAUUAUUUUGGAUUAUUAUGUCGUUGUUUUACCAUUCCACCUAGGACCCAUCUCCAUUAUGGUCGGAUAGAGGGCUAAGUACUUCAAGGAAUUUUAUGGAAUUAGUCAACUAAUGCCCUAUACAUGUCAGAAAGUGUAUUAUUAACGAACAAUCAAUCUUGAAUAUCUCUACUGUAGAAUAUAUGUAUGUAUUUGCUUAUAUAGACAAAGUUCUCGAAAGGUAUAAAGCUUGAAACAGGCGCACAAGACAAUGACUCGCUAUAAGAAGUCUAAAGGCCGGACCGCAUUACAGCGGCGCUGCGCAGCGCGUCACUUCGCGUCAAAAUAUUCUCUACAGACCGUUCACUAUGACUUGACCCUUGAUGCUAUGUUGGCACAGUGGCAAAUCACACACUAAGUUCUAAGGAAUAAAGCAAAAAAGCAAUGAUGCCAACAUGACGACCGGUGACAAGUUAUAGUGAACGGUCUGUAAGUAAGUAAGCCGCGACGCGCUGCCCAGCUCCGCUAUAGUGCGACAUGCAAAUAAUAUUUUGACGCUUUGUGUCGCGCUGUGCAGCGUCGCUUUAAUGCGCUCCAGCCUUAAGGGGCAUGAGACGGGUCUGCCCGCGAAAUUCAAAUUUAAUUUGGUUUUUCACAAUUAGCUCUAGUAUCGACUAAUUUGUGAG